AUCCGGGCAGCCAGGCACGAAGCUGGACCAAUCCGGGGAGGGCGCGGGGACUUUUGAAUGUUCUUGGGCCCAAUAGUUGCUGACCUGGCUGUAUAAAAGAAGGAUGGCUCCGUGCUUUACAUUGGCGUCUGAAAAGACAGUCUUUGUGAGCUUUCGUGAUGGCUCGUACUAAGCAGACAGCUCGUAAGUCCACCGGCGGUAAGGCGCCGCGCAAGCAGCUGGCCACCAAGGCGGCUCGCAAGAGCGCGCCGGCCACGGGCGGCGUGAAGAAGCCCCACCGCUACCGGCCCGGCACGGUGGCCCUGCGCGAGAUCCGCCGCUACCAGAAGUCCACCGAGCUGCUGAUCCGCAAGCUGCCCUUCCAGCGCCUGGUGCGCGAGAUCGCGCAGGACUUCAAGACCGACCUGCGCUUCCAGAGCUCGGCCGUGAUGGCGCUGCAGGAGGCGUGCGAGGCCUACCUGGUGGGGCUGUUUGAGGACACCAACCUGUGUGCCAUCCACGCCAAGCGCGUCACUAUCAUGCCCAAGGACAUCCAGCUCGCGCGCCGCAUCCGUGGUGAAAGAGCAUAA